UCUAUGAGCUAGAAAUUUCCAAGAACAUAUACGUAACUCGUCUCUUCAUCAGACCCCUUCACGAUGGAGGGAAAAUUCUCGGGAACAUUUCGAGGAGGAGGGACCAUCAGUGACAGCCCAUUCGCUCCAGUCCUGGCGGUUGCGUCCAUUCAGGACAGGGGGAGUGACGCAAGAUGGAAUCGCAAUUCAUUCCAAGCGUUUGGUAUGGACCGACACAACAAUGCGAGGAGAGAAAGUAUAGACCAGUUGAUGGAUGCAAGACUUGAGAGAGCAAAGCUGCUUGCUACAAAAAAGGACAAGCUGUCAAAACUUUUGCAGAACAAAUUCUUGGCAGAAACAACCAGCUUGGUGAAGUCGGGUUUUGACAAUCUGGCCAACACGGCACGAGACUUCUCAAACGACGUGGUGACAGCGGUGGCGGAUUCUUUCAAGGAGCAAGAAAAGACCGAAGAAGUUGUUGAGACCUUCAUCUCAUGUGAGCACAACACGGACUCGAUCAGAGCUGGCAACUUAGCUACCGAGGCUCAGAAGGAAGCAAAACGUGCGAUGAGAGCAUCAAGACGAGCUCAAGAUGUAGCCAGACAAAUACAUGUAACCCCGAAGGAUUUCAGAAGGUUCAGCAAAGAGAAUAUAGACUUGUCAGGGCUAUCGAUGAGGCCAGAAAAUCAGAAACAAGCUAUCCUGAGUGUCACCAUUCACGGAGGGAGACAUUUUCCAUUACAAAGUCACACACAAGAGAGCUCAGAAAACAGCGGCAGAUAUGUUAGUUCUUAUGUGCAGGUGAACCUUCUUCGUGGAUCCGAACCAACUUUCCAGGCAGAUUCUCUGUUUGUUGUCAUCUAUGAUGCUGAGGAGCCCGAGCAGGCCUUCUCCACUUGUGUUUGCAACAAUAAGAAACACCCGUCAUGGCAAGAGACGUUCAAAUUCUACUUCAUGCAAUCUGAAAGUGAACUGAUGUUGGAUCAUGUGUUUGAGUUUUUGUUAUUGAAAGACACUCCGCAAAACAUACUGGAUCAGGACAACUCGGUUGAGACGAACAGGUUGAUCGGAAAGUUCAAAGUUCCUUUCAAAUCAUUCAUCCAAUUCUUUCCAAGAGUUCGCCAUCCGGCGGGGGAAGUGGACGAAGAGUAUCAUGAAGGGCAAAUCUCUCGCUGGUUCAACAUCGACACCUCAUACUACCUCUCUAAGUGCUCUCGUCUUGCUGCAUGUAAGUCUUCUCUGCUCCUGACGAUGGGCACAGGACUCCUCAGGCCAAAGAAACUCUCUAAGAAAGCCAAAGCCACGAUGGCACAGCUCCUCCCAGCGAGCGAAGAUUACAGCAUUCCUAAGGAGAGGCCUCCGCCGGAAUGGAAGGGGCAUCCUCAACAUUUCUUGUUGUACGGAGAUUUAGACUGA